GAAAGGCUUAGUCUGUGUCGACAGAACGUGAACAGCGGUGUUUUUGAUCUCAGGAGUGAAAAGUUCGAUUCUCAAGCGGAAUUGUUUCUAUGGAAGGAGCGUCGUAGUUACCAUGGUGAUCAAAUCACCUGGCUUUUUUUAAUCAUAUGGUGUUAUUAGUUAUAACAGGCGAUGGAGUUGUUUCAAUUCGUUAUAGAUUAUAAUUAAAACAGAACAAUGUUUUUGUGAGACAAUGGAUGAGGAAGUUCAAUUGUAAUGACAUAAUAUUUUUUAUAUUAUAACCGGUGCUUGCUGUGAGUGUGUAACUUAUAUGUGUGUGUGUUGUAAAGCUGUGACGCCACACUACACAGACUCUCAUUACAUGUAAAAUUAUGCAGCGAAAUAAUUCAUGUUUCAAAACUUCGCUUCGAUUUUUCUUUGAUCAUUCUUCGUUGUAAUAAAAGUGCUAUAGAACAAUGGACAUUUUCGAUAGAGAUGACUUGUCCGAUCUAAACAUGGCGCUGUCCGAUCGCCUGUCAGUCAACAGCGACGUCAGCUCCAACUUCAGCGGCGGUUCCAGUGGGGGAGCUGGGCUCCAUUAUUCUCGUGUGCACACUAGCUUCGUGGAUUACUCCGGGGAGUCGACGCCCAGGGGUAACCUGUCAGACGUUCGCCAGUAUCCGUAUACUGACAAGACGUUUGGCGGCAUCGUCAGGGCGCCAGGCUAUGCAGAAACAAGCGAAUUAGGUCAUUCAGGACUUACUUCUCCAAGAUGGACACGCGGGUUCCAAGGGCGCCCUGCCAUCAAGUCGUCAAGGGUCAGCAAAAGACCCCCACAAACCGCAUGGCCAGGCGAUUCUGAAAACCUUAACUCUUGGCCUUCUCAGAAAGCUAAAACACUCGACAGCCGUCUGCUGUUAACCGGAAAUGGCAUCCCAAGAAGCUCUUCAAGCCAAGCUUCCGGCGAAAGACAUUAUAAUGUCAUGCCAAGGUCAAAGACCAAACUUACUUUGGAUAGACUUAAGACCAACACGAGCCCGGAAAUGUCUAAAACUAGCAUCAAGCACGGAAAGCACUGCGAGGCUUGUGCUGUGGAUUACAUCAAACAUUACAUGAAGAAUCCUUCAGUGUCCGAACAAAACCGCAGAACCACUAGCAUCAUUAGUGAAAUACUGGACCACCCUCGGCCUCGUGCAGCCAUCAAGGCAUUUUACGAGCCUCUGCAACUGUUGCCCAAAUCGAAAGGUCAAUAUGAGAAAAAUCUGAUGCUAGCUGAGCUUACUAAAGAGGGACCGCUGAACGACUUCAAACUCUCCAAGGAGCCCGCCAACCUUCACACCGUCUGCCUGCCCAAGAAAGGUCUCAUCAAACUGACCAGUAUGGCCUACGAGCUGAACAGCCCAGACUACUACGAUGACCGCCAGAAGACUGCCAGCCAAAAAGAGCAAAGCAAGUACAGAGAGGCAUUUUAUGGUUCAGCCCUUCCGCCACCAUCAUCAGACGCAUUCCGAGGUCAGCUCAUCAGAAAUAAAAGCAUUAUCAGACAAAUUCAAAAAGGGGAAAAGCUAAUGGCAGACCUGGAAGCACUACGUGAUGGACACGAGAUGACAGAUGGCGAUUUAUGGGAUACGCUGGUUGGAGGAAUACUGUCGUAUGAGAUCCCAGAGGCCCCACACCUGAACACAACACUACAGAAGUUUAUCGGAGGAGAAAGUCUGCGCAACAGCCCCAGGCAUCAAAGAGACCAAGUAAAAUUUGAUAGUCUAGUCCGUGGUACAGACAGAUUGCAGCGAUCUAGCCCUCCAGCAGACCAGCCAAGUAAACGUAUCCUGUCGCCCAGCUUCCCAGCAUUAACCAUCAAGGAGUAAAUUGCUACCAAAAAGAAACAGCGAAAAAAAAACAACCGAGCCAUUCUAAGUGCUUAGCUUUGAUCAAUGAACAAAGUUAUUGUGCAAGCGUGUAAAAAAUGUAUAAAUGUAAAAUUAAAAAAAAACAUCUUGUAUGUCCUGA